AUGAUGGAGGCUGAUGUGACCAAGCGUGACGCCUUUUUACUGCUGGAUGCCGACUAUGACAGCAUCCACCGAACCAACCAGAUCGCCACAGGAAUCAUCCUCGUGCGCAAGACCCCGCUGGCAAUGCGCUUCAUGCAGCACUGGCUCCGGGCCUGUGAGGAUGAAAGGAUCAUCACAGAAACCCCUUCCGCUCUCGGAUACCAAGACUACCCAAACUUCAGACACCACAACGACGAUCAAUCUGCAUUUUCACUGCUCUUCAAGAAGUACGGCUUCCACCCAUUUUUGCAAGCAGAGCGUGAUCUCUAUGUGGUCGCCGCUCGCAACACCGCAAAGUUUGUGGCAGCCUCGGAUGCUUUCGCAUUGGGGAAGACCUGCUCUCAGGAUGAGUAUAUCUCUGCUGCGAAUGCUGCCGCAGAAAGCAAGUCUUAG